AUGAUAACUUUAUCCUGCGAAAUUAACAAAGUAUCAGUUACAGCUAUAUUAGAUUCCGGUGCUAAUUGUAAUAUUGUAGCUGAGGAGUUAGUAAAUGAAUUAGGUUUAAAAAUCGAUGAUAUCUCUGAUGUAGAAAUAUACUCACCCAUUGGCAAACUCAAUGUAGUAAGAGUAAUUUGUGAAAUCCAUAUUUCAAUCCCGUCUCAGGGCCCUAAAUGGAAACAAGUAGAAGUUACCGAUAUUUUUGUUGUUAGUAUUCCUGAACCUAUACUGAUGUUGGGUCAGCUAUGGUUCCAGGAAAAUGCAAUGAAAGUGAACUUUCCAAAUAAAACUCUUACAUUGCUCGAUGAAACUAGUUACGAGAUUAAAUGUAAUUAA